AUGGCCGACAGCCGUGAAAGAAUUCGGGCACCGCCGCGCGAUGGCCGCGAAGGGUUCACCAGCCCCCGGCAGGUGCUCCGCCGGCUGAUGUUGCUGUCCGAGGGACGCCAGUAUCGCGAAGCCGCCACCGUCGUUGGCCGGCUCGGGCCGUCCGUGCUGCGCUCGGUCGUCGCCGAGCUGCCGAUGGACAUCCUGAUCGAGGCACUGCCCCACAGCACCUACCUGCUCGAGUCGUUCUUCAACCGGUUGAAUGCCGUUGUGGCCAUACCGCGACCGGAUGUGCCGUGCGAGGCCAUCAUGUGGCACCUGGUGAAGCUGUUCAGCAACCCGCACGAAACGGGACUGCGGCAGCGGUGCACCAAGCUCGUCCAGGCCAUCGGUAUCUGGCAGCCGGCGUUACGCGAGUCGCUGUUGGCGCGCCGCAAGCAGCUGGACCAGGCGAUCCAGGGGCUCGGCGUGCACGGUCUGACGGCCGACCAAACCGGGAGCCUCAUCUCGCUGCACAUAGCGCUGAAGAACGAACUGCAGCGGCACAUCGACACGUACAAGACUGCGAUCCACAAGCUGGAGGAGCUAAGCCCGGUCACCGCGAACCAGGAUCCGGCCCAGUCGUCGCACCAGCGCCUGCUGGCCAUCAGUUACGCCGACAUUCAGCAGCGGCUGAUCGACAACAAGACACUGCUGACGAUGCUCGACAAGCCCGCCCUCAAGCAGCUUGGCCAACUGGUGGAGAACCUCUCGCAGCGCGUGCAGAACGACAAGGAGGUUCUGUUCUGCGUCGGGCAGAUCCGCCGGACCGACACAACGGCCAACACCGAGGAACGGCCGGCCGCCGGGCUGCUGAUGAACUAUUCGCGCGGCUGCGACACCGUGCUCGGGCUGAUGGGGCCGCUCGCGAUGCCCCCGAGCAGCCCCACCAGCAACGGAUGUAGCAGCGGCGGAAGUGACGGUUACCAUUCCGACUCCGAUGCGGACGAGACUAAUUCCGAAUUGGUGCGACAGUACAGCGUGAUGUACAGCAAAAACCGCAUCGACACUCUGGACUCACUGAACGCGCUGCCCCAGCUCAAGCACGCCCACCAGCUGAAGGCCAAAAUACUGUUCUCCAUUAUUGUGCUGGCGUUCCGUGCCUGUCACGGCCUGAAGGAGCGCAAAGUGCUGGAGGUACGCCGGACGCUGUACGUGCUCGAUGCAAAUGACGACGCGACCGCCGCGCUCGACCGUGCGGUCCGGCAGCACCUGAAGGAGACGGCCGACCGGUUCCCGAUGGGAGACGUCGAGCGGCAAGUCUCCAACCAGGUCCUAUCGACGCUGCACGAGUAUCCCUGUCUGGAAGCCUGCAUACCGCUCAUCCACUACAUCAGCGACUGCGUGCGAUUAGCGUGGCGCAUGGUCAAUCAAACCAACCCGUACUAUCUGGAUACGGACUUUACUCUCGGCCUGCUGCAGCCCGAAAAACACGAACGAUACCCGAUCUCGGAGAAGCGCUCCGACAUCAUCCGGGCGUUCCUGUGGCCAGCGCUCAUGCAGAACGGACACUGCGUCUACAAGGCGGUGGUCGCCACCUGA